AAAAUGGUUGCCGUGAUGUGUGCGGAAGUACAUUGAGUUUGCUAUGUCCUCCAAAAUUGGGUGCUUCAGUCAUCACUGCCAAGAUUAUCAGUCGCUGGUUUACAAACAGGUCCAAGACUCCGAGCAUCAUCAUGGAGCAAGAUACAUUAUUGCAUUUUGCCAACUUCAGCACAUUAGUCUUCUGCAUGGUUCUCAAGUUUCCGCAAAUAUUUGUGGUGAUGAGAGCGAAAUCCACUACUGGCGUGAGCCUGAACAGUUUACUCCUGGAACUCACUGGGUUCAUUGUGUUUGUUCGGUACCAAAUGUACUAUGAUUACCCACCUCCUACCUACCUGGAGUAUCCCAUUCUCAUCGCUCAAGACGUGAUGCUGCUUCUGCUCUUCAUACAUUACAACGGAAACCUGAAGCAAGGACUCGUCUAUGCUCUUGUAUUUGUGGGAGCUUGGCACGUCCUGACUAUAAACAAGAUGAUCAUCGAUCUUGCAAUGAGCCUGUGCACCUUCAUCAGUGCUGGCAGUAAGUUUGCGCAGCUCCAGUGUCUGUGGGCGUCCAAAGACUCCGGGCAGGUCAGUGCCCUCACCUGGUCCAUGGCAACCUACACCUGCACGGCGAGAAUUUUCACUACAAUGGUGACAACGGGUGAUACUCAAGUUCUCAUCAGGUUCGUCGUCAUGACUCUUCUGAACGUGUGGGUCACUGCAACCGUUUUGUACUACAGGCCCAAGAGUAGUGCCAAGAAGCAAGACUAAAGAAAAGGGAAAAAAAAAGUUCUGUAAAGGUUUUGAGUGCGUCGCCUCCCAGCGAACACUGCCUCAUCAUGUGCAGCCUCAUGUCUCCCUGCUCAGGCCAUUUCUACAAUACCGUUUUUUCCCAAAAGGAAGAAAAAAAUAUGUUGGGAGAAUGAAAGAACGAAAAGAAAUGUUUUUGUUUACAGUUUAACAAUGGAGACCAAACGGUUAAGCUAUUUGCUUGGGCAACUAAUGAUAGAACUGGAUUUUCUUUUCACGUUUAAAAUGUAAAACUGUAUUUCUGGUCAAUAUGUGAUGAUGCUCUUCAGUGCAUUGGUUCAGUGGUAUCCUAAGGCUGACGAAAACUUCUCGAGUGCAAUACCGUGGCAGCACAAAAUAAGAAGUUACAUUUUUACAAAUAUUUACUGACUUUGCACAGUAAUAUUUUACGGGAGUGUUCAACUCAGUUAAACAACACGGUUACAUAUCACACAUUUUACGUACUACUGGAAACCUUCCUCACAAAGCACAUUCCCUUGUUGGCCCAAAACAUACUCUGUCUGAUGCAGUGCUUAAAGAUGUUUACUUUUGUUGGUCAUAUUGAUUAGAUUAGAUAAGCGCACACUUCCAACGCAUUCCUGAGGUUUUUCAUUUUUUAAAGGCUUUCUGCAACUGUGAAAUGUUAAAACGUGUUCUUGUACAUACAUCUUUUUCUUUCUGAUUUGCAUCAGUCCCAGGAAGCUUUUCAGUACCAACACAAGCUGGUAAUGUCAGCUGUGUCGGACCUAAUUUUGUAGCAAUACAGUACUUUUGCUGUAAAGUUUGUCUUUUCAUAAAAUGACUGAAAAUAAAACUCAAACUGCCUCAUUUCUCAAAAGCAAUGUCUAUUCUCUUGUCACGUAGCAUGUAUGAAAUGCAAAACCCUUAACCUUACAAAUGAAUAGCAUUAUUAUACAAUUAUUUUAUUUUAUUAUUAGCAAAAUUAUGACCUUUUAGACCACACUUUUAGACAGUUUUCUUUUAUUGUCAAACAGGUUAUCGUUCAGUUCAACGUAGCAAUAUAAAACAUGCAAUCUGGACAUAGCGCUUUAAAAUACAAAGUGCACAGGCCAGUAUAAAUAAUACCAGGUGUUCUGUAUGAUGACUUGUUAAAAAUAUACUGUGUGAUGUAUAUUCAUAGAGAACAUGCUUCCUCUGAACUCGAUAGUGAUGUGAGAGGAGGGGGAAAAGUUCACAGCACAUCAGUACAGUGCUCCCAACAAACUGGAAGGUAAGUCACACCAUCAGCCGAUAUGGAAUAACAUAAUAAAAAAAAACACCACCAGUCUUUUUUUUUGUCAAAUCCGC